AUGGAUUAUGGAGAACAUGAAGAGCAGGAAGAUGAGAUGGGGAGAUUACCCGUUUCAGCGACUUACGAAUCGUUGGGGAACUCGUCAAGACGUAAAAUGGGAAGUACAGGAGGAGGAGGAGGAGGAGUUGGGGAGGCCGUGAGAAAAACGUCGAACAGAUACAGAGAGUGUUUGAAGAACCAUGCGGUGAGUAUCGGUGGACACGCCGUAGAUGGAUGCGGUGAGUUUAUGCCGGCAGGAGAAGAUGGUACACUUGAUGCACUCAAAUGUGCGGCGUGUAACUGUCACCGGAACUUCCACCGUAAGGAGAUGGAUGGAGGGUCUUACCACCAUCAAUUCAACCCUUAUUACCGUACUCCUGCUGGGUAUCUGACGGUGGCGCCGCACCAUCGGCCGCUUGCACUGCCAUCGACAUCAGGAGGUGGAGGACAUAGCAGGGAUGACCAAGAAGAUAUGUCGAAUCCGAGCGGAGGAAGUGGUGGUGGUGGGAGUACGAAGAAGAGGUUUAGGACGAAAUUUACACAGGAGCAGAAGGACAAGAUGCUGGCGUUUGCGGAGAGACUUGGAUGGAGGAUUCAGAAGCACGAUGAAGCCGCCGUGCAGCAGUUUUGUAACGAGACAAGUGUCAAGCGCCACGUACUCAAGGUUUGGAUGCACAACAACAAGCACACUCUUGGAACAAGAAGGCCGGAGAACAACAACAACACAACACAGCAGUACCAACAAGAAGAACAAGAACAACUAGAAGAACGGGAAGUUCUAUAAAGAAUUAUCUACCUUUGCUUCCAUGGGUGAUUUUAGUUGCUCUUUUUUUGGG